UUUCUAUGGUCCUGCACCUGCCAUUCCCCUCUCCAGAUGCCCUUAUUCUCCAUUUUCUCCCUCUUCCCUCAGACGAGCAUAGCAUUGCACUGAAUAAAAAAAACCAAACAGGCUUGCUUUUGAGACUAUGUGAAAAUGUUUUGAUGUGUCUAAUUUAUUGAUCACAUCACAGCUGUCACAUCAGCCAAUGGAUAUGAAAACAAAAGUUAUGAUGUUGUGAUGUAUCAGCCAUCAAUACAAUCAAGCUUUACUUAAAAAUAUAUAAUACAGUGCACAUGGCUAUAUAUAGUUAUCCCUUACAAUGAUCUACAGCACAUACAUGCAUAAUACAUAAUGAUUGUAAUGAAAUAUUUUACCCCAUCAAUAUUUCAGUGUUUCAUGUCUUAACCUUAUAACGAAUAAGAGAUAGCAUUAAGCAUGGUUUAAUGUAUUAAACAGCAUUUGUUUGUAGUGGAGAAAUACCAAGAAAGCUUAAUGGCUUAAUGUGGACAAGUCCAAUAAAGGGGUCUCGUGCUGUGCCGAUUUCAUUUUCGCAGCAAUUAUCAUUCUGAUAAGCUGCGUUGCAAUACAAAACAUGACCUUUAACCAUCUGACUGCACAUCUGGAGAUUUGAACGGAUUGAGGGCUGUUUAUUUCGCCUCGCGAAGCAAACCCGGAUAUUUGUGCUUUGCCUGCGUGUUCCCCCACGCUCCUCUUCCUCUCGCAGCCUGCAUUCAACUGACUGCUGCUGCCGCGCAUAGGGAAGGGGAUCCGAAACCGUGGUGGAAUCGGACAAAAUGGGUCCGCGUCAGUGCUUUUUUGUUACAUUCCUGUGGAUUUUUGCCCUCAAACCCAACUGUAUCCACAGUCUAAACACCGAUGAGGACCAGUCGCAAGAUAUGGAAUGCAAAAUGAAGAGCGUCACGGUAUCCGCUUUGCCGUUUUUGAGAGAAAACGACCUGAGCAUCAUGCAUAGUCCCUCGGCCUCCGAGCCGAAGCUUCUGUUCUCCGUCAGGAAUGAUUUUCCAGGAGACAUAGUGGUUGUCGACGACCUAGAAAAUACCGAACUCCCUUUCUUCGUUUUAGAGAUUUCUGGGAACUCGGAGGACAUACCCCUGGUGCGAUGGCGGCAGCAGUGGCUGGAGAACGGGACCCUGCUUUUUCACAUCCACCACCAGGACGGCAGUCAGACCCUCCCGGGUUUGGCCACCACGGACGACCCCGCCAACGCAGCGGCCGAGGAGGAGCUCCGCAUUCUGCACAUCUCUGUCAUGGGUGGCAUGAUUGCCCUGCUGCUGUCCAUCCUGUGCCUGGUACUGAUCCUGUACACGCGCCGGCGCUGGUGCAAGCGGCGCCGUGUGCCCCAGCCCCAGAAGAGCGCCAGCGCUGAGGCGGCCAACGAGAUCCACUACAUCCCCUCCGUGCUGAUGGGUGGGCAGGCGCGCGAGAGCCUGCGCAACUCGCGCGGCCAGGGCCACAACUCCAGCGGCACGCUCAGCAUCCGCGAGACGCCCAUCCUGGACGGCUACGAGUACGACAUCACCGACCUGCGCCACCACCUGCAGCGCGAGUGCAUGAACGGCGGCGAGGACUUCGCCAGCCAGGUGACGCGCACGCUCGACUCUCUCACGGGCUGCAACGACAAAACCAACAUGGACCUCACACCGGGGAGUGACAAUACAAAACUGUCCCUAAUGAGCAAGUACAAGGAUAACAUCAUAGCCACCAGUCCCGUUGACAGCAAUCACCACCAGCAAAACACCCUCCUCCCACACAACACCUCCACCAACCAGCGUAAGCGUCUGUCCAGCAAAACACGCGCCGGUUCGGCCUUCCUGAACCCGGAUGGUGACUCGGGGACGGAGGCCGACAGUGAGCCCCAGCUAACCUUCUACACUGACCCCAACCGCAGCCGGCGUCGCACUCGAGGUAUGCGAAAUGGCAACGCCAACACAGCGUGGGGCUCCGGGGGCUCCCCGCGAAGCCCUGUCAACAAGACCACCCUGACUUUGAUCAGCGUGGUCAGCUGUGUGAUCGGCCUGGUCUACUCCUCGCACCUCUCCUGCAGCCUCAGCGUCAAAGUCAUCCUCCACGUCCCAGAGCACCUCAUUGCCGACGGGUCCAAGUUCAUUCUGCAGCAGGGCAGUCAGCUGGACGCGUCUGAUUGGCUGAACCCGGCCCAGGUGCUGAUUUACUACCAGAAUGAGAGCGGGCCCUGGAUCAACGAGCUGUGCGGCCGGCGCCUACUGGACCCCUGCGAGCAUCAGUGUGAACCGGAGACAGGUGAUUGUCUCUGUUUCGACGGCUACAUGCGAGACCCCGUGCACAAGCAUCUCUGUAUUCGGAAUGAGUGGGGUCCAAACCAAGGUCCUUGGCCAUACACCAUUUUCCAGCGCGGGUUUGAUCUGGUGAUGGGAGAGCAGCCAUCCGAUCGUAUCUUCAGGUUCACCUACACACUGGGCGAAGGCAUGUGGCUCCCGCUGAGCAAAAGCUUUGUCAUCCCGCCGGCCGAGCUAGCGAUCAACCCCUCUGCCAAGUGCAAGACCGAUAUGACUGUCAUGGAGGAUGCUGUGGAUGUCAGAGAGGAGCUCAUGAUUUCCUCGUCCUUCGAUAGUCUGGAGGUCCUGCUGGACUCGUUCGGUCCCGUGCGGGACUGCUCAAAGGACAACGGCGGCUGCAGCCGGAAUUUCCGCUGCAUCUCCGAUCGCAAACUUGACUCCACUGGCUGCGUGUGCCCACCUGGCUUGAGCCCCAUGAAGGAUGGCACGGGCUGCUACGACCACCACAUUGGCAUCGACUGCUCGGAUGGCUUCAACGGGGGCUGCGAGCAGCUGUGCCUCCAACAGCUGGCGCCGCUCGAGGAGGACCCCACCCUCUACAACAUCCAGAUGUUCUGCGGCUGUAUAGAGGAUUACAAACGAGGCCCAGAUGGACGGUCCUGCCAGCCCCUGUCCGAGGCUUGCACUGAAGGAGUGGACUGUGCCGAGGCAGCAGACAUCCCUGCCAACCAGACGGUGUUUGGGGAUGUCUUCUACGGCUACCACAACCACACCAAGGAGACCACCCCUGGGCAAGUCCUGAAGGCCACUUUCAGACAGAAGAACUUUGCUCGAGGCAUCGAACAGCAGCUCCCAGAUGGCAUGGUGGUGGCAUCCAUCCCAACAGAGGUCCAGUGCCACGAGGAGUUAUCAGACCCUGUGCCCGACCCUGAAUACUUGACCGGAAUGGUGAACUACAGUGAGGUCUCUGGAUAUCCUCUUGUUCAGCACUGGAAACUGAGAUCCAUCCUGUACCACGUCAAGCUGAAUCAGUGGGUGCUCUCCCAAGCUUUUAGUUCGGCCAUUCACUCGCUGGACGGAGCCACUCUACGCAGCGACUUUGUUUCCAUCCUGAAGGAGUUUGGGAACCAAUUCAUCCAGGAAGCUGUCUAUGGGUUCGAGGAGUCCUGCACCAUCUGGUACCCCAACAAACAGGUCCAAAGGCAGCUUUGGCUAGAGUACCAGGACAUCAGCAAAGGGAACUCUCCAUCAGAUGAGUCGGAGGAGCGCGACAAGGAGCCCCGCACGCUCACCUACCCGGCCUACAUUGCCAGCCUGCUGGACUCGGGUGCCAAGCGCAUGGCGGCGGGGGUGCGCAUGGACUGCAGCAGCCAGGGCCAAUGCCCGCUGUCCUGCCACCUCUGCCACAUGAGCCCUGGGCCCGCACGUCCCGCUGAGCCUGUCCUGCUCCACAUCACCAAGGCCACGCCCAUCUACGAGCUCGUCUCCAACAACGAGACUUACCAGGCCCUGCAGGAGGCCAUGAUGAGCAUGCUCUGGUGCUCCGGCAAGGGCGAUGUCAUUGAUGACUGGUGCCGCUGUGACUCCAGUGCCUUCGGGGCAGACGGCCUGCCAAUCUGUGCCCCACUGCCUCAGCCCAGGUUGAGGCUGUCCCACACUUAUGAGCCCAGCAGCUCAUUGGUUAUCGUGGAAUGGAAGCACACAGAGCCACCUAUCGGAGUGCGCAUUGUUGAUUACCUCAUCAGUCAAGAAAAAGUGACAGAGAGGACAGACCACUCCAAAGUGGAAACAGAGACCAUGUUGAGUUUUGUGGAUGACAUCCUGUCUGGGUCUAAGUCUCCGUGCGUGAUGCUGGGGGACAUCCUUGACCCCCUGACCUCCAUCUCCAUGAUCAUUCGCUGCCUGGAGCCAGACACCACCUACAUGUUCCGGCUGUGGGCAGUGGAUAACACGGGCAGGCGAUCUAACCCCAGUGAGGUCACCAUCAAGACUCCCUGUCCAGCAGUGGAUGAUGUCAAAGCACAAGAAAUUGCAGACAAGAUCUAUAACCUUUUUAAUGGUUAUACUAGUGGCAAGGAACAGCAGACAGCCUAUAACACUCUCAUGGACCUGGGCUCCCCCGCCUUACAUAGAGUGCUGUACCACUAUAACCAGCGCUAUGAGAGCUUUGGAGAGUUCACCUGGCGAUGUGAGGAUGAGCUGGGACCAAGAAAGGCUGGCCUCAUCCUCUCCCAGCUGGAGGAGCUGAGUGGUUGGUGCCGGGCCCUCCUGCAGGAGCCCAAAAUCGGCCUCCGUAGGGCGUCUCUCAAGCACCUGUCCUGCCGUUACACAGACACCAAGGCAUUUGGCCUCAACUGGGUGGACCUCGGCCAAGACUUACAAAAAGCCUGCGAUGAACAGCUCCUUCCUGUUCUUUACAAUGACUAUGGUGAGCCGAGGGAACUAUGAAUGUCACAGACACACAGGGGAUUGAUCACAGGUCCUUGAAAGGCUUUGUUUCAAAUGCUUUUUCUCUCUUGACAAAACUCUUUUAGUGCCCUGGAUCCCUCAAUGCUACAUACAUUUUUUGUAUUGUUUAUAUUUGCUUUUGAGUAGCUCUGAGGUGAGAAGAAGUUUUAGAGGGGUUACUGAAGGAAGAAACUGCCCAUUCAACAUUUUGUUGACAGUGGGCAUACUGCUGAAUGGGGUGGUUUGGACUUUUUAAGUCAGAUUUGUUUUUUUUAUUUCUUUUCAAUUUACUGUUUAUGUGAAGUAAAAUGCUAAUCAUUUCUGACUGCCUGUUAAUGUAGUUGUGUAUAUUAUCCCGUAUAAAGUAGAUCUUGGGAUGGCUUUCUUGGGUAGACAGGUUUACUUUU